UCUCCCAUCAAUCUUUAAUCCUACCAAAAAUAUCUACGUUCAUUAUUAUUCUAAAAAUAAAUUAAUUCUUCUUCUUCUUCUUCCCCAGCAAUGCAUCAUCCUGAGAUGAUUUUCUAGUGAGGAGAAUAUCUCUUAUUCCCUUUUGACAUAUAUUCUAAUUCUCAUCAAUUAUUUAUCGAAUAAAAACCAUUCUCCACUGAUUCACUGCACAAUCGAAUCACUCUUCAUUCGACUAACUUUUAUUGGUCGCACUAGAAAAUCCUGCAUUUCAUUGAAUUAAAUAAUCUGACGAUCCCCAAACUUAGAGAAGAAGAAGAUAACAGAAUCGUCGCGAUCGAAUUUCGAAGCUAAAAGCUCGAUUCGUUGAUAUCAAAAUUCAAUUCAAUUUUUAGUCUGUCGCCAUGGCCGACGCCGCCGUGAGUCUCGAGAAAUGGAGAGGUUAUUUCCGGAGCGCGAGCUCCGACAUUUUCAGCAUAAUCGAGCAUGCGAUACUGGUUGCUGCAUCCGAUUGCCCCUACGAUUUCAGAUUGAAGAGAGAUCGGAUCGCGGAGAUGCUGUUCACGUGCAAAGCGAUCAAGUGUUUCGGCUGCGACAAAGUCGAAUUGGCGGUGCCGAAUGGCGAUGGUUUGGGUAACAGUGAGGAUAAGUUGAAGAGCGAGAUUGAUGCCGGAGGCAGUAAGGAGAGCAAGGUGAAUAGCAGCAGCAGAGACUACGAUGCUGAAGUUAUGGAGAUGAAUACGAAUCACGUUGUGAACUACAGUGAUGGCGAUGCUGAGGCUGAGGCUUUGACUGAUGAUAUUGAGGCGGAAUCGCACUUCUAUGGGGAGGUGUUGAGGAUAAAGGAUGUUGUUGAUAACUUUGAAGAAGAGUCUGAUGCAUUGUUGUUUGAUUGUUUGAGGAAGCUUCAACUGAUGCCUUUUUCGGUGGAGAUACUUAAGGCUACGGAGAUUGGGAAGUCUGUUAAUGCUCUGCGGAAGCAUAGAUCAAAGGAAAUCCGGAAUCUUGUGAAGAUGUUGAUUGAGGAUUGGAAAGUGAUGGUUGAUUCGUGGGUUAAUGCUACGGCAGCUGUUACAGAAAUGGCAAUAGAAUCUGUGAAAACAUCAGCUGUUGAAGAAGAAGAGGAAGAAGGGUUACCAUCUCCUCCACUCGAUGAAGGGGCAUUCUUUGCCACCCCUUCUUCAAUGGAACUGUCACAGUUCUUUGAUGGCAUGGAUGAUGAUGGAAAUCCUCGAUGCAGUGGGGGGUUCAACAAGAAUCGAGGAAGUGGCAGAAAGCCGACUAUUCCAAAAAUAGACUCCCGUAACUCGAGAUGUCAGAAUCCGCAUGACUCACGUGCUCCUCCAAAUGACAGGAAACCCGAGCCCAAGAGAGAGGAAGCUACAUGGAUGAAACAAGGCCCUUUAAAGCCACAUAGGCCUUCCAGUGAUGCAUCUGGACCAGGAAGACCAAAGCCUCCGAGCAUUGAAUCCGCCCCUGGUAGUUUUAAACCAUCUCUAAAACCUAAGGUUGAGUAUGAGACUAUCAAAGUCCAGCAGAAAUCUGAAAAUCACCCAACUCAGAGGAAACUAAUGCCUCCACAUCAAGAGAAGGCAAAUUCCAAGGACGAGGCUUCAGUACGUAUGAAAUUAGAGGCUGCCAAAAGGAAACUGCAGGAACGCUAUCAAGAAGCCGAAAAUGCCAAGAAACAGAGAACCAUACAAGUUGUGGAGUUGCAAGAUCUCCCAAAGCAAAGCCAACAAAGGAAUCCGCACAUGAGGCCAGGCAACCACAACAGGCAAUGGGCAAAUGGACGAAGAUAGCCUUAAGACUACUACUAAUAAAUACAGUGGUAAUAAUAAUUCUCGAAUCUCUUCCAAAGUAUACUGGAAGGACGUUGCUCACCAGCCGAUUCAUUUUAGUCCCCCUUGGAGAGGGCAGGGGUAUUUUGUUCUACUUCUUGAAAUCAUGUGGUGUAGCAAUAGCAUAGACCUUGUAGUUGAUCACUUAGGAAUCCAUAAAUCUGUCCUCAUAGUCAUAAGUCCUUACUCUAUUCCUUACUCGCCCUUUCCAUUACAAUUUGCACAUAAACUUAGAGCAAUAAAUGAAUACAAAACUUGAAUAACUCUUAGAUAUAUUUCUAUAAUUAGAAAUCAUUUUGUCUUUGGAUUUUCAGAAGUGUUCACAAUCAUCAAAUAGAAUAAAGGUGGAGUACAUUUAAAUCGUGCAA